AUGAGCCUCCACAUAAGCCUCUGGUUCAUAACCACCCUUCGAACCACCCUCUCCAUGACCCUUGAGGUGGUCGUGAGCCUCUCGUUUAUGACCACCCUUCGAACCAUUCCUUACUGUGACUCUCGAGGUGGUCAUGAGCUCCCACACAACCCUCUCCAUUAUGAUAACACUCAAGGCAUCGCUCGCAAUCAUGGUGACACUGCCCACCAUGACUCUCGUGAUCACAGGGAUCCUGCUCACCAUGAUCCUCAUUAUCACAGCAAUUCUCGUGAGGCUCUACACCCACAUGGCCCUCAUUACACUCGUGGCUACUCUCAUGAAGUUUUUGUCCCCACUAUGGUCCUCAAGGUCAUUAUGGAACCGCCGGUGAAAGUGAGCGUGAUCACACCUAUACAAGCUGAUAUAGUCCUGUUGUUGACUCAGGCUAAGGAGGAUACCCGCCGACAAGAUGACCUCAAAGAGUGUGAGGAUUCACUAUCCCCCUAUCAUAGUCAUCCAGUUGGUGGGGGCAAUUACCAUGAGGGUCCUAACAGGAGAUUCCAGUGGGCGGAUGAUGAUCCUCAUUAUGGCUAUGACCAUGAUGCUGUACCACGAGCAUAUAAUCCUGAUUUCAUCAACUCCUCGAGGCCUCCUCCUGCAGAUUAA